AUGGCGUCGCCAGCUUCGACUCCGUCGUCGACUGCUGGUCGAUCCAGUAAAGUGAGCAAGAAGAGCAAGACGGUGACCCUGAAGCUCUCUUCUGCGCUGCUUAAACGAUUUCCCGGCAUCGCCGUCGCCAGUGUCGACCAUGAAGCAAACGCCAAAGUCUCUGCCUCUCCCUCUGCUUCCUCCUCCUCCUCGACUUCCACUCCUGUCCUUCCUCCCACCGCCUCUGGUGAUAAUGCCUCCGAGCCUCGAUCAACUCCACCAGCCGGCGAUGCCACUCCGGCCGAUGCCUCAAAGAAGAAAGUCGGGAAGACGGUGGCGCAGAGAGCAACGGAAGAGCUACUGGCUCUGGAACCACUGGCAGCCACAAACUCGGGCCGAAAGCCAACCAAGGAGCUAUCAACCGCUGGUCUUCGAGCCCUUGAUCGGACCGGAAAGCCCUGCCGCAAAUGGGAACGCAAGUCUUUUCAGCUCAAGAGCUUCACCGGCGUCAUUUGGCAGCUCCCUAGCUGGCGGGCCCCUCUCAGGUCCAACCAAGCUGAUACCACCAGCGAUGCCAAAAAGUCACUUGCAUUGGCGGAAGAUAACAGCACGAAAAAUAAAGGGAACCAGGCAUCCAGUGCCAUGGCAAGUGAACAGAGCAAUUCCGGCGACCACAAUACGCCCUCAUUCCCCGGUAACACUGAGAGCUCACCUGCUCCUGUGACAGCUGCUGCUUGA